GCGGCGGACGCAAUGGCGGACGAUUUCGUGGCGGAGGGAGAGACGUUAUUACGGUCAGAGCAGGAUUUCCAUGAUGCAGCAAAGGGGAAUGACGUGAUCAGAAUGGAACUGCUUUUGAAGAAGGGAGUGAAUAUCAAUGCCAAAAACAGUAUAGGCCGAACAGCUCUACACUGGGCAGCUGGGGCUGGACAUGAACAGGCUGUGAAAUUUCUUCUCGACCACAAUGCCUCAGUGGAUGAUCAAGACAGUUUCGGGAUGAACGCUCUACUUCUGGCUGCCUGGUUUGGUCAUCUCCGGAUUCUUCGAACAUUGGUCAAUGUGGGUGCCAAAUUGUCAUGUGAAAACAAAAAUGGCUUAAAUUUGCUUCUCUGUUCUGCCCAAAGAGGCCAUAUAAAGAUUCUUGAGUUUAUUAUGGAAGAUCUGGAAGAUGUGCGGCUGGACAAAGCUGACAAUAUGCAACGAACAGCACUACACCUGGCAGCAAGUUAUGGCAACCUCGAGGUGGUAGAAUUCUUAAUUGGCUCAGGCUGUGUCCAUGGCUUGAAGGACAAGGAACAGAACACCGCCCUUCAUUUGUGUGCACGAAGUGGGCAUGUUGAAGUGUUGCAGAAAAUAAUAGAAACUGCAGUGGAUCUAGAUGAAAAGAAUUGGGAAGGUGAGACUGCAUUGCAUUUAGCAGCUGAAGAAGGACAUUCCAGCUGUGUGAAAGUUCUUCUGAAUGGUGCCUGUGAUGUAAAUGCCCAAACAAAUAAGAAUAUGACUGCUCUGCAUUAUGCAGCAUGUCACGGUUGGGUGAAGGUGGCUGAGCUGCUGAUUAAAGCUGACAUAAAUGUGGAUGCGGUUAACCAUCAAGGGGCCAGUCCAAUACAUCUUGCAGUGCUGCACAACCGUGACUCCAUUGUCAAGCUACUAAUUGAUGCAGAAUGUGAUCUGGAUAUUGCCGAUCAUAGACAGCAAACAGCACUUCACAUCGCAGCAGAGAAUGGCAGGCACGUGAUUGCUGACAUGAUCCUCACAUCAGGUGUAAAUUUAAAACUAAUUGAUAAGCAAGGAAAAACAUCCUUGGAGAUAGCAGCACGUGGGAACCAUAUCAAUUUGGUUGAUAUGAUUAUCAAAGCAGACAGAUUUUAUAAAUGGGAAAAGGAUCACCCAAACAUUGAUUCAGAGUCCAGUGUUGGAAUGCAUGUGACCUUCAGACAAGACCACAGACCAGAAACCCAGCACAUUCGUUCAGUGAUUUGGAGACUAGCAACAAAAUACCUAAAACCAAAUGAGUGGAAGAAACUUGCCCAUUUCUGGAAGUUUACAGAAGCACAUAUAAACGCCAUUGAGCAGCAAUGGGCAGGUAUGAAAAGUUACAAGGAGCAUGGGCACAGGAUGUUGCUGAAUUGGCUGCCCGGUGUGAUCAUCUCAGGAGAAAACCCAGUUAAAGGGUUGUAUGAAGGCCUAGUGGGAAUAGGCAGGAGAGACCUGGCAGAAAGUAUCCGAAGAAAAGCAAAUGCUGACUGUGGUUCUCCCAGGAAAUGUGCAGUGAUGUGAUGUCUGAAGAACUGAAUCCUGAAGAUUUGGAAUUACUGAAGAAUUAUGUUUGCAUGAACAGGGUCAAAGGGUUGAUGCUGAACUUUGGGCAAGGACUGGCAUUAUCAAGAAGUUACUGUAUGGAUUUUCAGAUAAACUACUUGAUCUCAACGCAUCAGUACAAAACCUAUCAAAGGACUAGGCCACAUUAUAAUGAUAAUCACUCCAUCACAACCUGACAGCAAUUAUAUAGAUCAUUAUUAUUUCUAGUAAAAAGUGAAGUCUGCAGAUGCUGGAGAUCAGAGUUGAAAAUGUGUUGCUGGUUAAAGCGCAGCAGGUCAGGCAGCAUCCAAGGAACAGGAAAUUCAACGUUUCGGGCAUAAGUUAGUUUUGGGGAGGACUAGAAUAAUUCAUAUCUAUCUCACUGAAAAGAUUUUCUCAAUCAAAAAUGUCACUAUUUUCAAUACAUUAAUUUGUUCAUUAAUACUUUUCAAUACACUCAUUUAGAAUUAAACAACUUCUUUUGAGAAGAUUUGUAGCUCAGGCUGAGAUACCCGAUGUAAGUUUGCUCGCUGAGCUGGAAGGAUCAUUUUCAGAUAUUUCAUCACCAGACUAGGUAACA